GCACAAAUUUUUUUUACUACACAAGGAGUGGAUGGCGUUGAGGGGAUAAGGCUGUUUAUUGGGUUUUGCAGGUUAGUCACUGAGGCUCAGCCAUGGCUUCAGUACCCUUCACUGCUAUUCCGCUGCACAUCACCUCAAUUCCUCGUACUUCUUCUUCCUUCUCCAAACUCAGUUCUCAGCUUCUGGGUGUCCGAAAGAGGGUCGGAUGCUUCGGACCUUCCAGAAUCGGACCUUCCAAUGGCUCCAGAGCCAUGUGCUGGUUCAAAUUCGGUAAAAGCGGCGUCGAUGCUGAAGGCGCCGGCAUUUAUGGCAGCCAAUCCCGUGACGAUUUCGACCGUGACGACGUCGAACAGUACUUCAACUACAUGGGAAUGCUUGCUGUUGAGGGUUCCUACGAUAAGAUGGAGGCACUUUUAAGCCUGAACAUCCAUCCAGUUGACAUAUUGUUGAUGAUGGCUUCCUCAGAAGGUGACAUGCCCAAAGUUGAGGAGCUACUAAGAGCUGGAGCAAGUUAUACCGUGAAGGACGCAGAUGGACAAACAGCGCUUGAGAGAGCUGCCAGCAGUGAAAUCAGGGAUUUCAUCCUAAAUUUUUCAGCUCAGAAGGCAUAAUCUAAAUCUUCAUCUAGAGUACAGUUUUUUCUGUUAACAAUCCAUAUGUUUUAACCAUCAUUUUUUUUUUCUUUGAAUUUUGUGUGAUGUUUUAAUCUUGCCAUAAGCUUCUUUUUUGACUAAA